UCACUCCUCAGUGUACGUGCGACCGCUCGCUACUGAGGACGGUUGUUUUAUCUCGCGCACUCACUUAUUACGCAGUAGCGAAUAUCGCCGACCGCGUGGACUCCUACAAUCGUAACUCAGGGUUACUUUUGCAUACUUUAGAGGACAGUAGCGCGUCCACCAGUCAUUACUGUUAUCAGUGUGGAAAAGUUUCCGUUAGUGUUUGCUUUAAACUUUUAAAAAACGUUUAAGUGCAGUGCUACUCCGGAACACAAUUCGACCACAUUUAUAGUAAACUGGUAACGUGAUCGCUAGCCACGUUACAAGGUUAUCGCGCUUCUAGCUGGCCUGUGAUGAAUUGGAAAAUCGGCGCGUAGUCGCUCACGUGGUGUGCGUCCCGCCCCCGCCGCGUUCCGAGCUUAUAUUUAGCGAAAAUCGCCUCUAGAGACCGGUCCGAUAUGCUCGACUGACGUGAUCUACACGCAGCUCUGUUUAUGAGUGUUAGUGAGACGCCACAUGUUAUUAGCUUCGUAUAACACCGAUAAGGAGUUAGAUAACCUCUUUGAAUUUCUCGGUUCGAGCUCGAACGACAUUCUGGAAAUAGAGAGAAUCGAAUAUGAAGGUGAAUGUGAUAGUGGGGUAAGAACCUGUGAAGGCACGCGCCAGUGAGCGCUUAGUGCGACACACCUACUAAAAAAUUCCACUGCUCAGUGAAAUUAGAAUUCAUAAAGAUGUCUUUGGGAGGGGGGAGUUAUCAUAGCCCGUGGUCUUCCCAGACAGCUCUCUCCGAGUUAGAGGGAGCUAUGGGAGAACUGGAGCCGUUAGGUGAACUAGCAGAGGUUGGAUUUGAACCCCAAACGAGGGCUCGAUCGAACACGUGGCCUUUGCCCAGACCAGAGAACUAUGUUGACCCAGUGGAAGACGGGGGUUCCAAAAAGAAUUCUAAUCAGAAUCUUACUGGCGCGCCACCGUUGCCAAUAGCAACGAAGAAAAACUCCUCUCGCCGGAACGCCUGGGGAAAUCUCUCCUACGCUGAUCUCAUUACGCAAGCCAUCACAUCAUCACAGGACAAGAGGCUGACUCUGUCACAAAUCUACGAGUGGAUGGUCCAAAAUGUGCCAUAUUUUAAGGAUAAGGGAGAUAGCAACUCGUCAGCUGGUUGGAAGAACUCAAUUAGACAUAAUCUAUCCCUUCACAACCGGUUCAUGAGAGUACAGAAUGAGGGUACCGGCAAGUCUUCCUGGUGGAUGAUCAACCCUGACGCCAAACCUGGAAAGUCAGUCAGAAGACGAGCGCUCUCAAUGGAGACGUCGAAAGCAGAGAAGAGAAGAGGACGGGUUAAAAAGAAGCCCGAAUCAUUAAGGAAUGGAAUGACAGCUGACACAACGCCAAGUCCCAGCAGUUCCAUCUCAGAGAGCCACGACAUAUUCCCCGAUUCACCAGUACCCAGUAGCACGAGUUUUCAGUUAUCACCAGACUUCCGCCAGCGGGCAUCGUCUAACGCGUCUUCGUGUGGACGCCUAUCUCCAAUCCCAUCACUAUUACACACGGAACCUGACUGGCAAACCGAUUACGGUUCUACGGAAUUUGGAUCAGCAGAUUUCGGAUCAGCGGAUUUUACAUCAAACACAGACUACCAAGAUUUUACACAAGACGAAUUGGCUGGAACACUCGCUGACUCCAUGAAGCUACAUGGAGACCCUUUCUUGAAUACGUAUGUCCCAACGACGUCAUCAUCGUCAUCGGGCGGUAGUUACCGGUUCGCGUACACGUGUCCACGUCACCCGCACGGCGGUUGCGCGUGCGCAUCUCUGUUUCCCGCGCACCCGGCACAUCCGCAUCAGCAUGCAUUAGACCACUUUGUGAGACCGCCACCACCUGCUGACCCAGCUGAUAUUAUGCAGACAGAAAAUAGUACACAAAUGGUGACGACGUCAGAUGCAGCCUUAAUGAACGGAGGCAUGAUGGUGCAGACUGGAGCGAUGGGGCCAACCACUGUGAUGGGUCAAAUCAUGGGAGCGUUAAAUACAGGACUCGCGGAGGACAUUAAUAUAGAGUCGUUGGAACACAGCUUCGACUGCAACGUUGAUGAGGUCAUCAAACAUGAACUCAGUAUGGACGGCAGUCUGGACUUUAACUUCCCUCAGCAGCACACAGUGAUGGCAGCGGAAGCCGAAAGCCAGUUCGCAGCACCCGCCCCCCCGGUCCCCACUACUCUUUCUGGUGGUGGUCAACGAACCCCAUACACUGUGGCGCCCUCAUGGGUCCAUUGAAUAAGACUUUAAUUGUUGCGUAGUUUGUUUUAAUUAUUAUAUGGACAAGUGUCAAUUGUUUUAGUGUUAGUAAUUUGGAGGGGGCGGGACGACAUUUUUAACUUCAAAAGGCAUAACCAAGACGUACAAAGAGGGAACGCAGAACGCUGAAGUUCGCCGCCGAUCGACCAACUUCAGACAUCAAUUCAAAUAUAAGACGUCAUUGAAAAGCCGUCAACGAAAGUUCCCCCAAAAACUAAAGUGAAAAUGUGAUUAGAAAUCAACGUGAACAUAGUUAAGUUUGACCUCGCGAUAAUUUAGUUACUCAGUAAUUGUUUAUUUAAUAUACAUUUUCAAUUGUUUAACGAUUAUUUUAAGGGCAUUUUGUUACUUUAAGUAAAGCCUUUUCGAUAGGAAUUAUCCAAAUUAUUUGUAUUGUAUUCAAUGUAUUGAAGACGUUUAAAAUCAAUUAAUGUAACGUCAAUGUGUAGUGGGUAGAAUCAAUAAUUGACAACGAAAUUAUAAUUGUCAAAAGUCAAAGGCUUAACUGCUAUUUUAUAAUAUCGCAAGGUUAUCUAGUUUUUUUUUUCAUAUUUUGACUGUCUAUAGAUUAUGCAAUAAUGUUACCUCAAGGCCAUAUAAACCAAAAACUUAACAAUUUUAAGUCCAUUUCAGUUCAUAAUUUUGGAAUAGACAAUUUUCACACAUUUUCGUACAACGAGAAGAGACUAUAUUCAAACGCACAUAUAUAUUUUCACUUUAAAGAGUUGUUAUAUUUAUAUAACGUUUGACAUUUGACAGAUACGAAUUGAAAAUAAGUGGGAACUAACAUCACAUUUUGACAGAGUCAGUUGGCCCUUACUCGAGUAUUAUCUACUCCUUGAUUUAUGCAAAUAUAAUCAUGCACAAAAAUAAACAUUUCAUUUGUAUAACAAAUGAUAUUCAUUUGUCACAAUCAUAUGCUGAAUUGAAGAAUUAAAUGUUAAUGCAGAUAUCCUUACAUACCUAUCUGUUUUUGUAAUAGUUCAAUAAUUUGUCAGAUAAGAGAUGUCUAUUCCAAAGUUACGCAUAUGUUUAAAAACCUUCAUAGACAAAAAUGCUGCGUCUUAACUCGAUAACUAAAGAGUUCACACUUCUAGAGAAAUCUUUUUAGGUUAGAUAUAUGUAUUAAUAAUUUUGCUACUGGGAUAUAUUUUACGACUAAAUACAUAUACGUUUUUAGGCGUUUUUUAUGAAGCUCAAAAGAGUUUAGUUUUGAUGUUAACAUUUUUACUUCGGUUAUAUAUCGUUCAAAUCUUUUUAAAAAUAUCUGAUAAAUGUUGAUAAUAGUCAGAUCUCUAGUCCCGAUAAUUAAUAAGUUGUAAUUAAGUAUUUGACUGACCAAAUUGGUCUUAACCAUGGCUCAAUAAUCUAAGGUCUGCUACAUCGAAAAUGUUACCAGUCAAAAAACCUUAAUUGUUACUCCCAGUAAAAAUCCAAAAAAUCAAAAAUUUAAUACUAAAAUAAUAUUUUAGUAUCUCUAACGAGCUCAUAUUAUUGUAGCGUGGUUUUAAAAGUACAGUACACAACGUUAUUAAUUGAUUAUGCACCAUUACUCCAUCCUAAUAGUGGCAAUAUUGGUGAC